CCGCACCCGCUUGCGCUUGCUCGCCUCCCCUCCGCGCCCCUGGCCAACUCGCGCCUGCUUAUUAUGCCACCUCGGUUUCCAGCAACUCUGCGUCCCCUCCCCCUCCCGAGCAAUUCCUGCCCGAUAUGCCAUGCCUGUACUCAUUCACAGUGGUGCGGUCAGCCCCAGCGGCGAUGGCGCGGCGCCCGACGUCACCUCCACCUCUGGUGCAGGGGGCGCGGGCGCCGCCGACGGCCCCGACGUCACCAGCAAGCGCGCCUUCCUGUCCGCACUCACCGCCUCCGCACCCACCGUCUUCCCCUUCCUGUGCGAGAUUCUCGAAAAGCACUUCCAGGCGGCGCAGCAGCUUGAAGCGGCCGGCACGUCCGGCGCAGCGGGCGGCGGCGCCGGCGGCAGUGCCGGCGGGGCCGCGGCCGCCGCCAUGACGCCAGCCCAGCGGGCGGAGGCGGUGGCGGCGCACGUGGCGGCGCUGUCGGCGGCGCUGGGUGCGCUGGCGACGUGGGUGGAGUGGGUGCCGAUGCGGCGUCUCAAGGACAGCCCGGUGGUGGGCGCUUGCUCCUUCUUCAUCCGCAUGGGCACGCCCUCGCUGCGCAUGCAGGCGCUGGACAUCCUGCGCCAGAUCACGUGGCGCAAGCGCGCCAACGAGUCGCCGGCCGACUACGGCGCCCUGAUGGACGCGGUGGGCGGCGGCCUGCUGCAGGCCACACAGGCGCUGGGGCUGCUGCUGCGCCCGGCAGACCCGCUGCCGCCAGCUAUGGUCCGGGAGCUGGGCCACGGCGGCUCGCAGUGCGACUUCGGCGCCCGGCUGCUGGAGGUGGUGGAGGGGCUGGGCGAGGGCCACUUCCGCUGCCUCACAGCCACGCCGCCGGGCGCCUCCACUCGCGACGCCUUCCUGGCCCAGCUGCUGACCCUGACGCGCCACCCCUACCUGCGCCUGUCCUGCGGCACCCUCAUGCUGUGGCAGCAGCUGCUGAGGGAGGCGGCGCCGCAGCACGCGCUGGCGGACGUGACCACAGUCGCGGGGCAGAUGCGCACCCAGGGCUCCCCCAGCGCGGGCAAGGGCGGCGGCGGCGCGGGCGCGGCCGCCAGCAGCUACGCGCUGCCGGUGGAGACCGUGAGCGAGCUGAUGCGGGUGGUGUGUGCCGCGGCGCCGCGGGUGGUGCCCAGCGCAGACCCGGGCGUCAACAACGUGCCCGACUGGGCUGACAGCCACCAGGAGUACAAGGACGUGGUGGUGGCCUUCAGGUCGCAGGCCAAGGGCGUGCUGCGCUUCUCCGCCGCCCUGGCGCCCGAGCAGUCGCUGCAGGUCGCCGCCACCUGCCUCUCCACUGCCCUGUCGGCCGCCGCCGCCUCGCCGCCCGGCGCCUCCGCCGCGCCCGCCUCCGCCGCCGGCGGCGCCCCCUCCGCCACCUCGCAGCUGGAGGCGGCGGUGCUGGUGCUGACGGCUGUGCUGCAGCCGCUGUGCGACAUGGCGGCGGGCGCGCUGGGCAUCGGCGGCGGCGGCAGCGGGCAGGUGCAGGGCUCACAGGCGGCGGUGGCGGCGGCGGCGGCGGCGGCGGCGCCGUCUUCGCCCGCGGCCCAGGCGGCGGCGGCGGGUCUGGUGGGUGGUCUGGCGGACCUGCUGCAGGCGGUGCUGCGGGUGCGGCUGUCCGACCCGCGGCUCAUGACGCUGCACGCCGAGGCCAUCGAGGCGUUUGGUCGCUUCCUGGUCCUGCGCCCCGACCUGGUGGCCCCCACCGUGUCCGGCUGCCUGGAGGCGCUGGCGCUGCUGCCGCUGGAGGCGCCGGGCCAGAUGCCGCCGCCGGCGCGCCAGACGCCCGAGUGGCGCGCGGGCUUUGAGGCGCGGCUGGCCAUGGCCAAUGUGCUGCUGGGGCUGGCGCGGGCCGCCCCCUCCGCGCUGGUGCCGCACCUGUCCGCGCUGGUGACCCAGAUCGCGGCCAUGUGGGAGCGCGGCCUGCUGCGGGAGGGAGAGCGGGUGCUGCUGUGGGAAGGCCUGCUGGCCGCCUCCGCCGCGGGCCCGCCCGUGCUGCAGGCUCAGCUGGUGCAGCUGAUCUUUGAGCCCAUCGCGCAGCAGUGGGCCUCGCCCGAGUGGCAGGCCACGGUGGCGUCGCCGCAGGCCUUCAUCUCCGCCUACAUGCCGCUGGUGCCCGUGGCCGGUGGCGGUGGCGGCGGCGGGCCGGGCGGCGCGGGGGCGGGCGGCCCCGGCGGCGCGGCGGCGGGCGGCAGCGGCAGCGGCUAUGAACUGGGGUCGCGUGAGCGGCGCUGGACCCUGUAUCACCAGGUGACGCUGCUGGAACGCGCCAUCCGCCGCACCGCCCCACUCGAGUCCGCCAAGCCCGCCGGCGCCUCUGCCUCCGGCGGCCCCGGCGCCACGCCGUCCCUCCUCUCCCCCUCCACCUCCUUCAGCGCCACCUCCGCCACCGCCGCCUCCGCCUCCGCCUCCGCCUCCUCCUCCUCCCCUCCUCCCGACCACCCCUUCAGCCCGCACCUGGAGUGGUGCCUGCCGCCCGUGGCGCGCAUGAUCGCCUGCGUGCACGCGCUGGCGGACGCCCGGCUGCGGCCGCUGCUGGGGCCGCUGGCGCUGGUGAACGAGCUGGACCCGCUGGAGAGGGCGUCGCGGCUGGGCGAGGACAGGGACGCAGUCAAGGCGCAGGAGCAGGCGGAGCCGCGCUGUGUGGCCGGCGGCAACCUGGCCGACGCGCGCUACUUUGUCCGCGGCGUGCGCGAGUGCGGCUACAUGGUCCUGAGCCUGGCGGUGCAGCACUGCGGUGCAGCCAUGUGGCGCAGCGAGCAGCUGGCGGCGCUGCUGCCGGCGGCGGUGGCGGGAGGCGCGGCCAGCCUGGGGGACAACGUGGUCCGGCUGCUGGAGCGGCACGUGCUGCUGCCCUGGGCGCAGCGCUGCCCCGCCUCCCGCGCCGCGGCCUGGAUGGUGCCGCUGUGCAGCACCUUCCUGCCGCACAUGCACCAGCGCCUGACCUCGGGCUGGGCCGCCCAGGCCGCGCCCGCCCCCGCGGCCGAGGGGGCGCCCGCGCCGGGGCUGGGCGUGCCGGGCGCGGCGGGCAGCGGCCCGGGCCGGCCUGCGGGCGGUGGCGGCGGCGGUGGGGCGGCGGGCGGUGGGGCGGCGGGCGGUGCGGCUGGCGGCCGGAGUGACGGCGCCACGGAUGAGGUGGUCCGCGAUGUGCUGCUGCGGGAGCUCACCCGCGAGCACCUCAACUUCCUGGUGGCACUGGCCACACGCCGACCCAUCGACCCCGCAACGGACCCCGCGGGGGCGGCGGCGGCGGCAGCAGCAGCAGCGGCGGCGGCUGCGGCGGCGGGCGCCGGCGGCCUGGCGACGGCUGGGUCGGGUGGCCUGUCGCCGCGAGUGAGCGCCAAUGGCGGGCCCCUGCCGGUCGCUGCAUUGGCGGGCAUGCAGGAGUGUGUCCUGGAGGUGAUCCUGCGCUACAGCCCCGCCACGGCGCAGGCGGGCCUGGCCACCGGCGUCACCGGGCUGUGCUGGCCGGACGGCGACGCGGCAGGCAAGGCGGUCAACUUCUGCAGGUCUCUGCUGGGCCUGGCGCAGUCGGGUCACUCGGAGCUGGAGGGGGUGGUGGUGGGCGAUGUGGUGCGGGCCGCCAUCAGCAGCCUGGGCCACGUGGCCACAGUCAUGGUGCAGACGCAGGUUCUGGAGCUGCUCCGCUCCGUGCUGGCCACCUACCUGGCGCCGCGCCACCCGCAGUCGGGGCUGCUGCGGGCGGUGCUGGCGGGGCUGCCAGGCAUCACGCCGCAGGUCCUGGACAACUUCUCGGGCGCCUUCUUCGGCGCGCACGGCGACAAGGAGCAGCGGCAGCUCAUCAAGCAGCUGCUGGCGGCGGUGGCAGGAGACGAGGUCCGCAAGCUGCUGGCGGCGGUGUCGCGGCUGUCCAGCUCGGCGGGCGUGUCGGCGGUGCCGGAGCCCAAGCACCGAGACCGGGGGCCCAUCCCCGACAUCACGCCGCAGGACAUGGGCCUGCCGCACCUGUUCGACCUGCCCGACGUGCUGUGAGGCGGAGGUAGGGUCAGGCGGAGAUAGGGGCAGCGGCGAGGAGCAGGCGGAGGGGCAGGCGGAGGGGCUGGCGGAGGCGCUGGCGGCGAGGCCGGUGCCGAGGGCGGUGGCGAGGGAGUCAGCACGAGGAGGCGUGUGUGUGUGUGUGUGGCGGCAGGCUCCACGUGCUGAGGAGCGGGCGGCCUGACGGGACGUCCAUGAGCGGUGGCGGGCUGCUGGUGGGUGGGUGGGUGGGUGGGUGGGUGGGUGGGUGGGUGGGUGUCCGGGUUUGGCACAGCGCCGCAGCAGCGCGUAGGUGUGCAGGUGGAGGCAGAGUUGUGGUUGAGGGCGGGGGACGUUGAAAGAGCUGACGGGGGACGCGGUGUGUGUGUGUGUGUGUGUGUGUGAGUAUGCGGAUGGUGGAACAGUCACGGGCGCAGCGCGUGUCACUUAGCUGCAAGGGUUUAGAUUGGGGCACUCAGCUCUGCAACAGUUAGGAGUAGUUAGGCAGAGUGUGUGUGUGGCGAAAGAGAAAGCCGAGCCGAAGGUAGGACAAGGUACAUGCGCCUGGUCCUGAUGGAUGUGCAGGAACCACUCCUUGUUGGGCUGCUGCUGUGGGCGGCUCGGUACUGCAUCCGCCCCGGUCGUGCUUGCUGUCACGGCAUGUGGGUGCGGGGGCGGUGCCACAUCACGGAUAGUAGGCAGGCGGGUAGCCGUAGAUCGGUGCAGAGUGGAGCCUGCAAUUUGCGGCAAACACUGGAAAGCUGUAAUGUGGACCCGGGAUUGCGGCCCAAUGGCGGCACGCCAACAUGUGUGUGACAUGAUCCCCAUGCCGGACGGACAAGCCAGGACGGACAGGCGUACGGAGGUGCAUAUGGCCGGGACGGGGCGGUUUUGCCCGCGACCUCGACGGCCACGAAUGCGCUUCUUGUAACCCUUGUGAUGC